AUGUCUACCGAUUUGCCUUCGUUUUGGUUUCCACCACCUGGACCGGCUCUGCCUCCAUUGCCGGGGUCUACCCUUGUGUCCAAACCACCCGAGGAUGACCCACGCUUGGAUGGUACCAUCGAAUAUGUAGAAGACUUACAUUGGUACAUGUCCAAUAUACUUCAGAACGAGGAAAACUACCUGAGCGGAUACUUCAGCUGGAAUGAAAGUAAUAUCCAUAUGGGCGACGUCAUAGUACCCGAAUCCAAAGCUCCGGCAAAGAACGUCUACGGCACAGAAUACAACUGGGUAAGGGGAUGGGAAAUGUGGUGCUUCAGGUGUCCCUCAACCGUUAACCCGGAGGAACCAGAGAGAGACCCAAUGACCGGAUACCCCUUUUGUGGUCAAAGCAUCCUCAGUAUGGAGCCCUUGAGAUAUUUCUCUUCCACGUUAAAGGAGCCAGAUUUGGAAGUCCCCAUCUCAACCGUCCCAGGUGCCGACAGUGUCAUGGCGUGUGUAAUUGAACAACAGGUAGACCCAGAAUGGUUUCAAGUCAGUUCAACUGCGCCGGUUUUAGGCAACAUCAUAACCAAGCCAUUCAUCGUAUCCCGUAGCAUGAGGGAAUCCGACUCAGGAGCACGAUACCGUUACAAUAACACCUUCCCUUGGGGCGUCCUUGACGACGCUCAAUCCCAACAAGCAACUCCCUCCCCAUCAUCUUAUCCACCCUACCCAACCCCAACACCCACAUCAACUACCGACUUCUGGGACUGGUACACCCCCACAAGCGACAGCAACCCAUCCUACAAUCCCGCAGCCUUCACACCCAACAGCAAAGGCAAUGCUCCUUCCGCGGGCGUGAUAAUUGGCGUCCUAGUCCCCGUCGCCCUUAUCAUAGGCAUCAUCGCUUGUUUCGGCAAGCGAGCACGCGCUAAGGAGCAAAAAGCAACAGCGGCAUCUGCACCGCCUGUGAAUACGAAUCCUACUGCCGAUGCCCGUCGUCAAGCUGUUGUUGCCGCGCGCGCGAGUCGAACUACUACUGCCGCGCCGGCGCCGGUACAGGGGGACGCAGAUGAUAUGCCGCCACCUGCCUACCACAAGGUCGUUUCGAAUCUAGAGAGAAUGGAUAUUGAACGCAGGAUGCAUGCGGAAGGGACGGCGCCUGCUGGGUGGCCGCCAACGUACACGGAUGCACGAAAUGCGGAGUCGACAACAGUAACACAGCCCGACCCUGUUGCGAAUGUGCCUGGAACGAACCGGGCGCCAUAUCCGGCACUGCCUUCGUCGCCUACGCGGUAG